AUGGCACGACAAAUGAGCAGAGACCCGGGCCUGAAGGAGAAGGUGAAGAUGUUUCUGGGGUUUGGGCCUCCACGUCCCAAAUCCAAACAUUCUGACAGGCUACCGGAGUACAUUAUCACCGCAGAACUGCUGAAAGAGCUGAGCCCCGAGAGCGCCCUCAGCGUUAGGGCGCGUGCAAUGAGCCAUAUCUGUGAACUGGCGAAAACAAAGAAGUUCGAGGAUCAUGCUGUGGAAGCGAUCUGGGUGUCGGUGUCAGAUCUAUUGCAGCCAGACCAGCCAGCUGAGGGCAGACUUGAUGUUCUGAAUUUGCUGAAGAGCCUCAUCUUUGGACAGGGCGAAAGGCUGGGAUUUCUACGUGCACAUUUUUUCCGGGUUAUAAAGGAUUACCCCACCAACGAGGACCUUGAGCAGAGGCUGGAGGUCUUUAAAGCCCUUACUGAUAAUGGCAGAGACAUCACCUACCUGGAGGAGGAGCUGGCGGCGUUUGUCCUGCAGUGGAUGGAGGUGGGCCUGUCCCCAGAUUUCCUGCUGGUUCUGGUGAAUCUGGUGAAGUUUCACAGCUGUUACUUGGAACGUUACAUUGCUCCUAUGGUGCAAAUGAUUUGUCUGCUUUGUAAUCGGACUACAUCUUCCUAUGACAUCGAGGUGUCUCUAAAGGUCCUGGAUGCUGUGGUAUGUUACAACUGUCUGCCGUCAGAGAGCAUCCCAACAUUUGUCAUCACACUUUGCCGAACAAUUAAUGUCAAAGAGCUGUGCGAGCCCUGCUGGAAGCUGAUGCGAAACCUCUUGGGAACACACCUCGGUCACAGCGCUAUUUAUACCAUGAGCCGCAUCAUGGAAGACAAGGUGUAUUGGGAAGACGCCCCGUUGUUGAGAGGAGCGGUCUUCUUUGUUGGGAUGGGGCUCUGGGGAGCACACAGGCUCUUCUGUUUGAAGAAUUCUCCAAUAUCUGUGCUCCCGUCAUUUCUAAAGGCUAUGAAUUGCCCAAAUGCUGUGGUUUCUUAUGAGAUUGUCCUGUCCAUCACAAGACUCAUAAAGAAAUAUGGGCGAGAACUGCAGGCGGCAACGUGGGAUGUGCUCCUGGCUGUCAUCGAAAGGUUGUUCCAGCAGCUACAGGUUCUCCGCAGUCUGGAGUUGAAGGCUGCCAUCCACAAUUUGCUGACUGCAGUGGAGGAGCUCUAUGACCAGAAUGAAUUCCAUGGGGAUGAGGAGAGAUUUUUUGAACUGGUGGAGAGACACUCAGAUGAUCGGCCUGCAGCCUCAGUGGUGAACCUGAUAACCUACAGAGCUCAGUCCAUCCACCCGGGAAAGGAGGGGUGGAUACAGGAUCUGCAGAGGCUGAUGGAUAAGUAUUUCAGGAAUGAAGCUCGAUGUAUUGUACGAAUGAAAGUCUUGGAUGUCCUAUCCUUUGCGUUGAGCAUCAACAGACAGUUUUAUGAGGAGGAACUAAUAGAAAAGGUGGUGACCUGCCAGCUGGCACAAAUCCCAGAGGAUAAAGAUCACCAAGUCCGAAAACUGGCCACGCAACUCUUGGUUGACUUGGCAGAAUGCUGCCACUCUUGCCAUUUUAACAGUUUAAUGGAUAUCAUUGAGAGGAUUGUGACACGAUCCCUGACCCUUCCUGCUGACUCUGGACAGGAUGCAUCAUCUUUGGAAGAUGUAAAAACCUCUGUAUUGGGCCUAAUGGUCAUCCUUCAGACCAAGCUAUACAUCCUGCCUGCAAGUCAUGCCAUCCGUGUAUAUGAAAUGCUGGUCAACCACAUGCAGCUUCACUACAUUAACCUGUACAGCUCUCCCAUCGCCAACAGCAUCAGGUUACAGGUGUUUGACUUCUUCUUGCUCCUGCGGACGGACUCUCUGAAGCGCCUUGGUCUCCCCAACAAAGAUGGAGCUGUGAGGUUCAGCCCGUACUGCCUGUGUGAGUCUGUGAGUGAGCCUGAGAAGAGGCCCCCAGAAAGGAAGCCCGCCGGCACACUGUCUCCCCCCUCUGGAAGCCCCAGCCUCUCUUCCCAGGGUGGUUGUCCUCGAUUGGGCUGCCUGCCUUUCUCUCUGCCUUUUGGGUCAUUCUGCAAUGCUUGAAGCAGGAGACCGACUGGAAAGUCCUCAAAUUGGUUCUCAAUAAACUGCCUGAGUGUCUUCGCUAUAAAUUCCUCAUUCUGUCCUCUCCAUGUAACAUCGACCAGCUUUCUGCAUCUCUCUGCACCAUGCUUUCAGACCGAGGUGCCAGCGAUCGCCUGUUUAAUACCCCAGAUGGUUUCUCUCGUACUGAGCUGCAGCUGGCUGUGGUUCCUGUACUGACUGCAUUGACCUCAUACCAUCAAUAUCUUGAUAUCAGCAAACAGAAAGAAAUGGUCCGCUACCUGGAGACCGGCCUAAUUUAUCGCUGUGCCAAGCAGUGUGUGGUCGCUUUGUCCAUGUGCAUGGUAGAGAUGCCAGGGAUAUUGAUCAAGUCCCUUCCGGUGCUCAUCGUGAAGCUGACGCACAUCUCCUCCACUGUCACCAUGGCAAUCCCCAUGCUGGAGUUCCUGUCCACCCUGGUUCGGUUGCCCCACCUUUAUGGGAACUUUGCUGCAGAACAGUAUGCAAGCGUGUUUGCCAUUUCUCUGCCGUACACAAAUCCUUCAAGGUUUAAUCAAUACAUUGUGUUCCUGGCCCACCAUGUCAUUGCUAUGUGGUUCAUCCGAUGCAGACUGUCAUUGAGAAGAGAUUUUGUGCCUUACAUAACUAAGGGUCUGCGCUCCAAUGUUCUGCAGAGCUUUGACGACACUCCUGAGAAAGGGAGCUUCAGAGCCCGCAGCACCAGCCUGAAUGAGAGGCCCAAAAGUCGAAUGCAGCCCUCGGUGACCAGCUCUAGCCUGAGCUCUGCUGAUGAAAGCUCUAUGGCCCAGGCUGACGACAGCCUGAAAAACCUUCAUCUGGAACUAACGGAGAUCUGUCUAGACAUGAUGGCCAGAUAUGUGUUCUCCAACUUCACAGCAGUUCCUAAGAGGUCACCAGUUGGAGAGUUUCUGCUGGAUGGUGGAAGAACGAAGACCUGGCUUGUCGGGAACAAGCUGAUAACUGUGACAACUAGUGUAGGGAGGGGAACACGGUCACUUCUAGGGUUAGAUACUGGGGAGGCCCCGAAGGAGGGCGAUUCGGAAUUCAGCUCACCUAUGCAAACAGAGCAAACCAAAGAAGCUCCACCAAAGAUGGACCUGCAGGCGAGAAAGCCGGGUAUGCAAACGCAGCGUCACAGAGUCCGCUCCAUGUCUGGUGGUCACGGCCUACGUGCUGGAUCAGACGGUGGAUCCCUGUCCUCUCCUGGUGGCGCCUCAGGAAGCAGAGAUAAAAUUCCCCGCAGGCCUCAGGUCAAGAAGGAGAAAGCCACACUGGCUGAUUUUGUGCCAGUGCUGACCCAAGGUUGGGCAGAAAUACUUGUACGCAGGCCUACUGGUAAUACCAGUUGGCUGAUGAGUUUGGAGAAUCCACUGAGUCCCUUCUCCUCCGAUAUUAACAACAUGCCUCUCCAGGAAUUAUCCAAUGCCCUCAUGGCAGCAGAGAGAUUCAAGGAGCACAGAGAGACGGCUCUCUACAAGUCACUCUCCAUGCCUGCCUCCUCCUUGACUGCUGCCACAUGCAAGCCCACCUUACUGCAGAGAUCCAACACAGUGGCCUCUGUUUCUCCCAUCUCCCCGUCCAGUGGUCAAGGAAAGCUGCUUAGGAGCAUAUCCUGGGCAGAGUCCUCCGUGCUUCCGGAAGAAGGUUCUCAGACUGAAGCUGACUUAGACAUGAUGUCUCCGGCUGGGUCCCAGGAGCUGGAUGACUUUAAGGCUGUGGCCAAUGACGAUACACCAAGUGAAGAAAAAACGGACAAGAAGUCCGAAGGUAUCAGCAGGUCCUCCUCCACCUCCAGUCAGGAAUUGUCCACUCAGCAGUCAGAAGAGUCAGAAGUUGGUGGAAUCCCCAUUGAAGGGUCUACACGGGAGAUUGCUUUCCAGCCCUCGCAGACGCUGAGCAAGUCUAGUUCCUCCCCAGAACUGCAGACCUUGCAGGAGCUGCCCAAGGAGCCAGAGGCUAAAGAAGAUAUUGGUACACCAACACCUGAAGCCAAACCUCUACUGCAGACCCCCAGUGCGGAGCCACCCAUCAUCCAGCCUGCCAGGGGGGAGGAGGAUAGCUCUAAACAAGAAGCUGGCGCCAGACUUGAGCCGGGGGCGUCCCAGCAAUCUCCACAGUCUCCAAACGGAUACCGUCCCAGAGGUCACACUAUUUCUGACUCUGAGCCCUCCCGUCGGGGAAGAAGGAUAAAUAUUGAUGCUUUCAGGAACAGCACAAAGGCCACCAAAGAAAAAGUGCCUGGAAUAGACCCAAGCUUUGUGUUCUUACAGUUGUACCAUUCUCCUUUCUUUGGGGAUGAAUCCAACAAGCCCAUCCUGCUCCCAAACACUGAGACAUUUGAUAGAACAAUGAAGCUUCUUGAUCAAAUCCCGUGCUAUGACACCCACAAGAUAGGAGUCCUGUAUGUUGGGGAAGGACAGUGUGGCGACGAGAGGUCGAUUCUGUCCAAUGAGCAUGGCUCCUACAGAUACACGCAGUUCCUGACUGGUUUGGGAAAACUGAUCGAUUUAAAGGAAACUCAGCCUGAUAAGAUCUUCCUAGGUGGUCUGGGUUGGCGUGGAGAGGAUGGUCAGUUCACUUACUGCUGGCAUGAUGACAUCAUGCAAGUCAUCUUCCAGAUCACCACCCUGAUGCCCAAUGAGGAGAUCGAUCCUUCCCGCUGCAACAAGAAAAGACACGUUGGAAACAACUUUGUAAAUAUAGUUUACAAUGAUUCCGGAGAGUUCUAUAAGCUAGGCACUCUGAGGGGUCAGUUUAACUUUGUGGAUGUGAACAUUCAGCCUCUGGACUGUGAGAGUAACCUGGUGACCCUGCAGUGCCGGAAAGAUAUGGAAGGUCUGGUUGAUAUCUCUUUAGCCAAAAUCGUGUCUGAUAAAAACCUUCCGUUUUUGGCCCGUCAGAUGGCUCUUCACUCAAAUAUGGCCUCACAGGUGCACCACAGUAGAUCUAACCCCACAGACAUCUACCCUUCCAAGUGGAUUGCCAGGCUGCGACACAUUAAGAAGAUAAGGCCUAAGAUCCAUGAUGAGUUUCUUGAAAUGACUGCAAAUAUGCCUUAUCCAAUGCACAACCUCUCCAGCAAACCUCCUCCACAGAAUCCGCCAUCAGCAAGUGGCUCGUUUGAAACCGGUCAGCGAACACGCUUGAUAUCCGGUGUGGAUGAUUUCACAGAAUUUGCAUAG